CUCUAUAUGCGGUGCAACCGAGAACACACAUGCCACCCCAUCAGCCAGCAAACAGACCAACUUCUGUUGAAGCCAGGCACGAGUUGAUGAAGAAAAAUAACCACCACCAUCCUGGCUUUCAUUUUAUGCCCGAGAAGAAACCGAUUCAACACAGGCCAGUCGACAGCAGGCCACACGAAAGCGGCCCUUUUCAGGGCCACCAGGUCAGACAAAUCAACAAAGACAACUACGAACAUAGCGGAAACGGCGCAUAUCAACAAAUGAUGCGUCGUCCUAUCUCCAUAGGUCGUCCUAGUGCUUCUCGUAUGACCCGUCCAGCCGGCCCCGUAUCGAACCAACAAAGGCCCUUCGACAUCAGACCUCACGAACGCGGCCCUUAUCAGGGCCAAAAGAAUAGGCAAAUUAACUACAACUAUGCCGCCUACAAACAGAAAGUAAAUGGUCUAUCUCCACGAAUAAUGCGUCGUCCUAUGACCAUGGGUCAUCCUUGUCAUAAUCAAGUGAGGCGUACAGCCGUUCCUGUACCGGACAGAAAAACUCUACUUCACCAGAGUCCAGCUUCCUCGAACUUCGAAGUAGACAGGGCUCUGAAGGAAAUGAUCAUUAUGAAAGCAAAACUUUCGCCUAUUGUUCCCAUUUCGGGGUUGGAUAUUAACAAAAAAGAAUUGAUCUUCCAUCAUCCUAAGUCAACGCUAUCAGAGAUGCCCCUUUCGAAAGGUUCCUCUACCCCGAGUUGUGACAACUACCACGCCAGGACCAAACACAUAGAUGUGAGGCACCAUUUUGUUCGUGACAGAGUACUUGGAGGGGCCAUUGAUGUUCGCUACAUACAGACGGAUGCGAUGGUUGCUGAUGCACUCACUAAAGUCACCUCACACCCUAAAUUGGUUUAUUGUUCUUCGAAGAUGGGGUUAUGUUUAAGGGAGGAUGUUGGAAAAAUAUUAAACACAACCUAA